AGAUCGGAGCUUAUAAAUUAUAAAGAUUUUCUUUGAUUUAAUCAAUAUGAAUCAGCAAUAUAUAUAUGAUCCUCCUCCUCCACCACCGCCUAAAGCUUCUAUAAUCUUGUCACCUUUAAAAACUCAUUCACCAGUGCAACAUUUUAAAAAGAAAUCUCGAGUUGAAAAAAUAUAUAAAAAUGUCUAUAACUCUGGCAAGAGUAACUUUAGAUUUGUUCUAUCUAAGACGGAAAAAUCUUUAAAAAAUAAGCCUUAUAAGCCUAAUAAGCCUGAAAAAUAUUCUAAAUAUACACAUUCAACACUCCUUGAUGAUGGUAGAAUAUCUCAUGAGACAGUAUUUUAUAAUAAAGAUGGUUAUGCAAUGAGUAGUACUGCAAAUAUAUAUGAAGCAGAUAAUGAUGAAUCUAUUGAAAAUAUAUACAAAAAUAGGGAUACAGAAGAACAAGAAGAUAUUACUGCAUGGAUAGAAGAAAGAAAGAAAAAAUGGCCAACAGAUAAGAAUAUUAAGAAAAAAGAAGAAGAGAAAUUGAAAGAAUUGAAUAGAAUUAAGGAUUCUUUUGAGGAAAAGAUAAAAUUGGAUUUUUUUGGAAAUAAUGAUAAUUGUUUAAAAAGUAAUGAAGUUAGGGAGAUGGAAACACCAGAAUUGGUAUUUAAUGAUAUUAAUGAUUCAUUUUCAUGUUUUUUAAAAGAAAAAUCUGAUGAAAAAUCUAAUUAUGAAUUUAAACAUGAUAAUAUAUCUAGGAAAAAACAUAUAAAAUGUUUUGAAAAAUAUAAUAAGAGUUCUAUUUGGCGUGUUAGAAAGUCUUUAUAUGCAAAGUUGGUUGAAAAAGAAGAAAUACAAGAAAAUAUGAUUAUAUUACAAGCUAUUAGGCAUUUAAUAAAAUUCUAUAAUAUAAAAUAAAUAAUGUUAUGUUUGUAUAUAUUUACAAUUAUAAAAAUUAUUUGGA